AUGGUCGAUGAGCUGAGGGUGGGCUCGGCCGGCGAGCUCGAUGAGGUGGAGGGCGUAGAUGGCGAGGGGGCUUUCUUUGCCGGAGUAGGAGGAUUCGAGGAGGACGCGGGCCGCCAGGGUGUCGUCGGCGCGGUGGCCGCAGACGAGGAGGCGGAGCUCGGAGGUCGGGGGAGUGUGUUGGACGUCGCGUUUCUGGUAGCCGGUGUACAUGCGAGAGUAGUCGUACAUAGAUUUGACCGCCAGGUUGGCGCCGGCAGCUUGGAGGAGGACGGACAUCGUGAGCAUCGAGAAAGUCUCACCAUCAAACGUCUGCACGAGAAAAUGUUGCCAUUCAUCUUAUUAUUCAGAGCAAUCGCAUCCUUAACCGGCACCUUGCAAACAUACGCCGUGACAAAAAUCGCAGCCAACUUCAUCGCGAAACAGAUAAUAAGCACAAGCCACACCACAGCUAUAAACUUCAGAUCAUACAGCUCGACCAAAUUCACGUUCAUCCCGCAAUACGUCACAAGCAGCGGCGCCAACAGUCCUGAAAUCAACGUCUCCAGCCUGUCCUCCAGUGUCGCCCCCAACGGGGGCCCGUCCGGUACAGCCAGGCCCAAUAAGAACGGGCCAUACUGGUAA